AUGCGGUUAAAUAGAUAGGAGUGUGUAUAUCUUACAGACGUUUUACUCUUGCAACAAAGGAAUACUAAACAGGGUGCAUCACACGGUUAAAUACACUUAAAAUAAAGAAACUUCACGCUUGAAUUUGGACCAUUUAAGUAGAAUAAUAUGCAAAAAGAUGUCCGCAAACACGAAAUUAUACAGGAUAUAACAGAAGAAAAGACAGCGGUAGAAAAAUACUUGCUGCAAAUAUGAGAACUGUUAAUUAUACGGAAUUCUUCAUCUACGUCCUGGCUUUGCUGAUUCAAAGAACAACAAGCAUUUCGAUACCUUGCACGAAUGUGGUUGCCGGCAUAUGUGAAUGUACUGGGGGAUUGAUCUCUUCGGCAGAUGGUACUCGGUGUAUAAGUGGUGGCCCCGCAGUGCCUAGUGAAUGUUGUUUUGUCUUCAUAAUGAAAAUAGUCGGGAAUGGGCCUGGCAUAGUUAUUCGGGGUUGCGGGGCCAUUUGGCAGGGAUUUUACCAGCAGUGUGUCCCUGCAGACUUGGAUGAUUGCAAUCCACAACCGUGUCAAAAUGGCGGUACGUGUAUUGACGGCCAAGGAACAUACACAUGCGAAUGCGCAGCCGGAUAUGAGGGGACAACUUGUGUGACAGAUAUAAACGAGUGCGCGUCGACACCCUGCCAGAACUUUGGCACGUGUAGAGAUGGGAUUAACGGAUACACGUGCACGUGUAUGGCGGGCUUUAAUGGACCGCAGUGUCAAAACAACAUCGACGAUUGUGCGACGAACACGUGUCAGAACAGCGGCAAGUGUGUGGACGGUGUCAACUUUUACACGUGCAAUUGUUUUGCUGGGUACACAGGUUUUACGUGUCAAACUGAUAUAAACGAGUGCGCGUCGACACCCUGCCAGAACUCUGGCAUGUGUACAGAUCAAAUUGACGGGUACACGUGCACGUGUAUAGCGGGUUAUAUUGGACGGCAGUGUCAAAACAAAACAGGUUUACACGAUAUUUGCGUCAGUAAUUCAGAAUGCUAUACAAACAACUCUAUAUGUUCUGGAGGGGUUUGCGACUGCGCUGUUGGUUUUGAUAAAGACACAAACGCCGACACAUGCACUGUAAAAGAUUGUGGAUCUGUGCCUUUAAUCUCUCACGGCCAAUAUUUACUGCCUGUCCCCGAAAAUACGACUCACGGCUCGAGUGCAGAGGUGCAGUGUGACAUCGGUUUCACAACCAGCCAGUCCAAAAUAAGAUGUUUAGCUUCUGGCUUAUGGGAACAAUCAGCAUGUACAAAAUUAGAAUCAUGUACUAAUUACUUAGUAUCAGAUGUGUCUGAUAGCCAGCUAUCGGCUUCUUCAAUUUAUGCGUAUAACCAUGGGGCUAAUAGAGGAAGACUUAAUACACCGUUUGUCAUAUUACCGGAUGUAUCUUAUCUUAGUGGCGCCUGGUCUGCUCUUGUUUCUGACAUUUCCCAAUAUAUACAGGUUGAGUUAGACGAAUCGAGUCUCAUUCGUGCUGUACUGACUCAAGGAAGGGAUACAACCGAUGGAUUUAACCAAUACGUAAAGUCAUACAAAGUGUACUUCAGCAGCGACUGUACACACUUUGCUGAAGUUGUCUCACCAAAUGGAUCGGAAAAGAUUUUCCAAGGAAAUACGGAUACUGAGACAAUAGUAACAAACUAUCUGGAUCAUGAGUUCUUGGCCUUAUGUGUCCGUAUACAUCCGAUUGAUUGGAACAAUCACAUAUCAAUGCGGUUUGAUCUUAUAGGUUGUGCAGCAGGUGACGUGAAGAACUGUACAUCUAGCCGUGAUUGUUUCACAAGUGGGUCGCAAUGUAUAAACAAUUACUGUUCUUGCAAGACUGGAUUCUACGACCAUGAAUCACAUACAUGUAAUUCAAUGCCUCUUUUGCCCUCUGGUCUCGACUCGAACGACACUAUUCUUGAACAUGACCAACGCUGUAGCAAGGAAAUACGCUUUGAACCGGGUUUACCUGUUGGAGAUAAAUUAUAUGACACUCUGUAUAUAUGUGCAAACGGUUAUGCAAGCAUUGGCACUACGUAUGAUAAUCCAAAUCCGCCCAGAACGCCAGAUACAUUUGAUGAAAUGGUUAUUAUAGCUCCAUUUUAUGUUGACACUUCGAAUGGAACCGUUUCAUACAGAGUCAUUGAUAUUUUACAAAACAGUGACUUACGUCGAAAUGAAAACGUAAAUACAUUGCGGAGAAGCGUAUCCCUUGUAAGUGACAACAAUGCAUUUGAUAUCAAGUUUGCAUUGAUUGCAACCUGGUCGAAUAUGAUUCCAUAUCAGAAGAUAUAUGAAGACGAACAGACAAGCACUUUUCAGUUGGCUAUUGUAACCGACGGCCGAAUGACAUAUUCCAUCUUCAUUUACGGUCAGAGGCAAAUGCUAUGGAAUGUUCAACCCAAAAUCAAACCCGAUGUUUUCACUGGAAUAAUCAGAAACAAUCAGUAUAUUUAUAAAGAUGUGUUUUCGUUUGAAACACCAAUUCUGCGAAUGGAUCGUUAUGCGAAUAUUAAAGGCAUUAAUGGAUUAAUCGUUAAAAGGAUUACAGCAAAUAGACAACUCCAGAACUUUGCAAUGGAUUGCGUAGACUGGUUUAUAAGGAACAAACAUAAGAAAGAAGAAUAUCACAGAAUAAUGAGUAUACUCCCUAAGUGUCCCUGUAGCCUAGAGAAAGCAGAACAAGAUCCGUUAGCCAGAGGCGAAAGUACAACUAAUGACAAAACCAUUUGUAUAGAACUUCUACCAUCCUUCAGGGCAGGAUUUUAUGGCAAGGUAUGUUGCUAUGAACGAAGUUCAGGACAAUGGACAGAUGAAAUUCCGUUUGCCGGGGGAUUGUAUGCUUUUCAUCCCGACCUUUCUCCACAGCAGCACAAACUACAUGACCUGCUUCCUAAGAACGUUUGCUGUUCAAAAUCAAGUUUUUGUCAGUUAUACUACGAAUUACGACCCAUUGGAGAAUGUUACAGAAACACUUGGUUUGACUUUGCGGUAUCAUGGGGUGAUCCCCACAUACUUACUCUGGAUGGAAAGAAGUUUAUCUUUAAUGGACUCGGAGAAUACACCCUCUUGAAACACAACUUUGAAGGCAACGCCUUUGAUUUACAAGCAAGAACAGAGCGGGCUGUUACAGUGAAUAACACUUUAACGGAUGCCACAAUAUACACAGCAUUUGCUGCCAAGGACAGUUCUGGAUCUUCUGUACACGUUGAGCUCAACACUGAAAGGAACGGCAUCAUAUUGUAUGUCAACAAUAUUGAUCGGACUGCUGAUCAAGCGAACGAUUCCUUCGCGUUACAAACGAAAAAUAAUACGUUAACCGUUGUCAAACAUCGUGACAGCAAAAACAAAACGAAUCUGGAAGUUGAUUUUGUUAAGUCAGGAGUAUCUCUGAGUAUAUUUACUGGCAAUGGGAUGCUGACACUUAAAACAACCGUCAACGCAUCGUUAAAAGGGAAAGUGCGAGGAUUGUUGGGAAAUUUUGAUGAAGAUCCGGACAACGACUUUAUAACUCCUGGCGAGCAGAUUUUUAACAGCAAUAUCAGCGAAUCUGAAAUAUUUCAUUAUGGCCAAAUGUGGGAAAUUGAUGGUUUGAACUCCGCAUUCCGGUAUAGUGACAAGAAGAACCACAGUAAUUACCACAACAGCUCCUUUAUCCCUCGCUUCCUUGACUCAGUUCCAGUGGAAAUUAUAAAGGCAGCAAGCGAGACAUGUGGCGGAGAUCAGGACCUCGCCUGUAUAUUUGAUCAAGUGUUUACAGAAAAUGAAGACAUUUCAAAGCAAACACAUGAGACAACUAUCGAUGCAAAAGAAGCGAUCACUGAAAUAAACAGGAGCGUUCCAAAACUGGUGACAUGCGGUCGACUGGACGUUUGGAUUGGAGAGGAAGCGGAGUGUCAAUUGCAAUUUGGCAGUGAUGUUACAGAUAUCGAAGUGUUAGGAUCCAUGAAAAACUCGGUAUUUGUAAAUCAAACAACAGGAAUUCUUAGAUAUAAGCAUAUACCCGGGCUGCCUGAUGAAAUUCUACGUCUUAUUGUAAAGGCCGAAGACGGUGGUAUAUCUCCCGUUGCAAACAUCCCUAUAACAGUAUGUACCGGUUGUAGUGGACAUGGUCUUUGUAUUAACGAAACGGAGAUGCAGGGCAGUCAGACGCUGUUGUUUCAAUACAAUAAGUGCCUUUGUAAUGAACAAUAUACAGGACUUGACUGUGAGUUAGAUAUUGACGGAUGCGUUGGACAACCAUGUUCAAUUGGACGAAGCUGUUCUGAUGUACCUGCAGAAUUUCACCUUGAAGACGAACCGGGAUUUACCUGCUCAAGAUGUCCGGAUGGGUUUAUCGAUGAUGGUGCGAGGUGUCAAGAUAUCGAUGAGUGUGCGGACACAAACUCAUGUGAACAAAUUUGUACCAAUGCAGAAGGAUCCUUCAUAUGUUCAUGCAAAAGUGGAUAUAGACCUGAAUCGUCUGACUUGACAAAAUGUGUCGACAACAAUGAAUGCGAUGAAGCUACCCACAACUGCUCCCACAUUUGCGAAAACACAAUCGGAGAGUUUCAAUGCAAAUGCCAUACCGGAUAUAAAUUAGACUAUACGAGGACUGAAUGUGAAAAGAUAAGCAACAAUGAUUGUAGUACUGAUUGCUCAGCGACAUCAGGAUGUACAACGAAUAAGAACAAUGAAUCGAUAUGUUUUUGUGAAAAUGGUUUUGAGCUAGACAAAGAUUCGAAGACUUGUACAGAUAUUGAUGAGUGCAAAAGGAAUGUUUGUCCCCAAGAUUGCACAAACUCUAUCGGGUCGUAUUCAUGCAGAUGUUUUGCUGGAUACAGAUUACAAGGACUGAAAGAAUGUAAAGAAUGUGCUCCUCCAUACUUUGGAACAAAUUGUGAAGACAUAUGCAACUGUUCAUCUCUCGGCACGAAAGAAUGUCAUCAAGUGAAGGGUUGCGUCUGUGAAAACGGCUGGCAAGGAGAAAGGUGUGAUUUUGAUGUCAAUGAGUGCGAAAGUCACAUUUCUCCAUGUUCUGAUGCCUACCAGACAUGUGUCAAUAUUCCAGGAUCGUUUCUAUGCGAAUGUUUAAUUGGAUACAAAGAUAGUGGGAGUAGCCAUUGUGAAGACGUAGAUGAGUGCACAAAUCCUUUACUUAACGGAUGCGGACAAAAUAUGCUAUGCAGCAAUACUGCAGGGGGCUAUAUAUGUGCUUGCAUGGAAGGCUUUGUUCGGUCGGAAAAAGACUGUAAAGACGUCGAUGAAUGUAAUCUCGGAAUUAGCGGAUGCCAACAGAUGUGUGAAAAUUUUCCUGGGCGUUUCAACUGCUAUUGUUAUUAUGGUUAUACCCUAGCCGAAGACCGAAAAUCAUGCCUGGAAGUUCAGAACCCAUGCUUACAAUUAAGUUAUCUAAACUGCUCUCACUAUUGUGUCGUUGAGGAAAGAAAAGCCGAAUGUAAAUGUAACUUUGGCUUUUACAUUGAUGAAGACUUACAAACAUGUAAAGAUAUAAACGAAUGCGAUAACGAGACUUUAAACGAAUGUCAGCCAAAAGAGAAUUGCAUUAACGUUCCGGGUUCGUAUAAUUGUAAGUGUACACCAGGAUUCAAACUCUCCCAUGAUGGUCGGCAGUGUGACGAAUGUGAUCAAUACCACUUUGGAAAUAAUUGUGAGCAAACUUGCAGCUGUUUACAUGGAACAUGUGAUAAAACACAAGGUUGUAACUGCAGUGAAGGUUGGGCUGGUGAUCAGUGUGACAUUGACCUCGACGAAUGUGACAAUGAAGACUUGUGUCCCACAAACUUUGAGUGUGUAAACACGCUUGGCAGCUUUCUUUGUCAUUGUCACUCUGGGUUUGUUAGGACAGAGGACAGAUGCGAUGAUAUCAAUGAAUGUCUGGACGCUUCACUGAAUACGUGCGAACAAGCAUGUCACAAUACCGGCGGUGAAUACGAAUGCACUUGUUACAAAGGAUAUAUGUCAAAUGUUACAACUGGAGGGUGUUCAGAUGUCGAUGAAUGCCAAUCAGGAUUUCACCAAUGUGACCAAAAUUGCCAAAACACUCAGGGAGGAUAUAUAUGCACGUGUAAAGAAGGGCUAGUGCUUGAUCUAACUGACCGGCAUUCUUGUCUAGCCGAGAUAGAAUGUGAUUCUGCUGAAGCUAAAAACUGUCCGGAAAAUUCAAUCUGUACACGAAAUGCCGACAUAACUAAAUGUAUUUGUAAGAGAGGAUAUGUACAGAUAGCAACUAAUGCCUGCAUAAAUGUGAACGAAUGCAAUGACGAAAAUGGUUACUGUGCUCACACAUGCCAAGAUAACCCAGGAGGAUAUGAAUGUCUGUGUGAAGAUGGAUUCCACCUUUCAAACGAUGGGAGAUCAUGUGAAGCGUGUGAAAAAGGCACUUUUGGUGUAAACUGCAAUUCAACUUGCAACUGUAAAGCCGAAAACACAUUCACUUGUGAGAACGCUGCUGGAACUUGUACGUGCAAACAAGGAUGGACCGGUGACGAUUGUUCGAAAGACGUUGACGAAUGUAAUCUCGGUACGCACACAUGUUCAGAAAAUUCUUCAUGUAGAAAUAAAGAUGGAGGUUUUUUAUGCGAUUGUCACACGGGGUACCAGAAAACCGGUGGCGGACUAUGCGCAAAAUGUGAUCGAAAUUAUUUCGGUGAGGCAUGCCGUCGACGUUGUGAAUGCUUUGAAGACGAGAAGCAGUUUUCGUGUGAUCAUAUUGAUGGGCAAUGUAAUUGCAAAAUGGGAUUUCAUCGUAAAACUGAGUCGGCAACAUGCGACCGGUGCAUCAAUAAUACAUACGGCCUCGAUUGUGCAAAUAUAUGUGAAUGCAACACAACAAACAGUGCUGAUAGCAAUCAGUCAUGUGACGAAAAGGAUGGAACUUGCUUUUGUAACAAGUUCUGGGGUGGAAUUUCAUGCAACGUUGAUGUCAACGAAUGUAAAGUUCAAACAAUAUGUGGAGACGAUCAACUGAAAGGUUGCCACAAUACAGAGGGUAACUUCUCAUGCGGCUGCAAACGAGGCUAUAAGUUAGACUUAUUCAACAAUUGCGUCAAAGAUACUAGCUUUGAUGUAGAUUGUAAUCAAAAUGUCACAGAUUGCACGGUUGCUGUCACAUUAACAUCAUUGCUCAAUAUUACUUUUGACGAGACUGUUAAUCUGGAUAUCGGUUCUACAUACAGACAAACUGCAAGAAAACUAACAGAUUCUCUUCUUUCAUACAUGAAGAGAUAUACCAACUUUCCUGUCGAAAUAAAGAUUUGUGAUAUCAGGAAAAGAGGACGUCUUUAUGUGAAUUAUACCGUUUGCAUGAACGCAACAUUUGAAGAAGAGGAUAAAUUACAAAGUGAAGCUGCAAAUGCAUUUUUGCAACUGGCACGGGGAGAUACUUUAGAAUUUGAUGGCGAUAUGGUGCAUGUAUCUGCAGAGUCAUCGGUCUAUACAGACGAUAAAUGCCAGUUUUACCAAAAUAUGUUCGGGAAUUGUGACAUGGGCUACAAAUGUUGCGUUGAGGAGGAUCGCGUCAAAUGCUGCGAGGAUAAUCGAAAUGAUCGGGCAAUAAUCAUGGGAUCUGUAUUUGGAGGAACUGCGUUCUUAAUGAUUGUCGUGAUUUCCUAUGUAACCAUAGUAACACUAAGACGCAAAAUGAACAGGAAAAAGGACAACCGCUAUCCUAGGUCCACACCACAACCCACGACUUCUCGGUCUCGUGAGGAUUUAACAACUUACAACGAUGCUAGUGGUUAUAUAAUAGCACGCAUAAGUGUGGACUAGUUGUAUUUAUUUACAAAAGGUAUAUAUUGAUACUAUAGGACAAUCGACAUUAUACACUUUAAUUGGCAUUGACCAAUGUGAAUCUUCGUUAAUUAUGUAAACGUGUUUGAACCAUAACAGUAUUGAAGGCUGCAUUUGAAAAACUGAACUGCGAAGUUGGAUACCACAAAUGAACGGUUGAAAGUGUAAACUUAGGGGGUUUUAUCGUUUAGUUCUGGUCUACAAUACGUGUAGUGUAUUAAAUUGUUAAUCGUGACUGAGCUGUAAAAAUGAGGCCAGAAAACUUUAAUCGAGAUAAUGUCGGGAUUUCCUUGUUUGCCUUUUUUACACAAUUGCACAAGUUUAUUUCGGAAAUAUGUCUGUUCCAUGUCGCUGUAUGUGACUGUAGUAAUCUCCAGAUUUUGUUUAGUUAUACAAAGGUUUGUUAUCAUAUAUUGAACAUAUUUCUACGUCCGAUUCGAUUUUGUCAGACGCUAUUAGAUUCGCUGACAGUACUGGCAUAAAACGGAACGCUAUUGAGCUCGUUUGGUGUCUUCUUCACCAGCUUUAGUUAAAGUUAAAUGCUUUUGCAUUCGUCUGUCAGAGUUAUUAAGAAAAGACAGAAAGUGGAUUUAGACUACAAUUUUACCCAAUGCUUAUAUUGCUUAAAUGAAUAAUUGCAUUGGGUUACUGAAAGAAAUAUUAAAAUAUUGCUAGAGAAUAAUACAAUCAUAUGAUUCCAAUCCAAGUUUAAGUAUAUGCAUUUGUGUCGACAUGUGGUGUGUUUUUC